CACACAGACAAUACCCUAUACAACCCAUCGCCAUCAUGCUUGCUACACCGACCCUGUCCAACUUCGACAAACCCUCUCUUCCAUCCUCGGAGGGAGGUGAUCCCGCCCUUGCAGCUCGCUUGCAACCACUGUAUUCGAGGUUUCUCACGGAUCUUGAUCUACAGCCGGAAUAUAGACGUCACGAAAGCGAGAAGCUUAUGGAGGAGGUGCUCAAAUUUGCGAAGAGUACUGGUGUACCUCAUGAUCUCAACUCCCAUUCCUAUCAAAGUCUCAUGGUUGGAUACACAUACGCCGAUAACUGCCUCCCAUAUCAUGACAUUGAAGUCAAGGUUUAUGUAGCCAUCUACACAUGGCUGGCAACUAUUUGCGAUGACGCCGAGGCACUAGGCAUCAUUGAUGAUGUUCAAUUGUUCGAACAACGCUUUAUUCUCGGAGAGGAACAGCCUACGGUCCUCCUCAGGGCUUUUGCCGACCAACUCAAACUCACCUAUAAGCUGUACCACCCCCUUGUUGCGAAUCUGAUUCUUUGCUCCUCUCUGAAUCUGCUCACUUCUACAUCCCUUGUGGCUCGCAAGGGUAUUAAAGAAAAGGGUGAUCAUCCAUCAAAGGGAGGCAACUACUUCGCCUGGUAUAUCCGGGAACGGGAUGGCGUCGGUGAAGCCUAUUCCUGGUUCACUUUCCCCAAACGACAAUUCCCCAACCUGGACAUUCCUAUCGAAGCUAUUGAAGAUAUGACACGAUUCAUUGCCUAUCUCAAUGAUGUUUUAUCGUUUUACAAAGAGUCCCUGGCUGGCGAGACACACAACUACAUCAACCAUACGGCUGCGUAUGAGGGUGUUGAUUCGGAUGCUGCGCUUCAUAAAACUGCUCAAGACACCAUAGACUGUGCCCGCCGCAUUGAGAGUGUUCUCGCAGGCAAGGGCGAGUAUGAGAAAGCGUGGCGACUUCAUGCAUCCGGAUACCUCCAAAUGCACGUCCAGAGAGGUCGUUACAGGCUUAUAGAGGUGGGCGUUGGUGAUGCGCCAGAUGUGCAUGAAGUCAUCAAGAAGAUUUGAAGGCUAUGACAAACCAGAUCUGAGUAACAUACUAAUCACAUUAGUUGAGCGAGGAGACAAAAGCAGGGGGAGAAGGAGGAGAGUUUCAUUAUAUCAUGGUAGGAUCAGGGGCCAAAUUUGAGUGGGAGAUGAUGUAUUGGUACUUGUAGCCAGCUGUUACUUGCUCUUGGUCCGGAGUCAAGAUACCUGAACUACCUAGCUGGCUUCAUUUAGCAUAUUAUAUUGAGUCCCAUUGCUUC